AUGGCCCUUGCGGGUCGCGCGCGGCACGGGGUGACGUGGGCUUUCACCUCUUCGAGGCUUCUCUCCUCCCUGGCCGGGCUGGACUUCGCUACAGUCGACCCCACUUCGCUACAAGCCUCCGACUCCAAGAUUUUCAACCUCGUGGGUGGGGAGUGGAGGGGCAGCGAGAGGAGUGCAGUGGUGGUUGACCCGUUGAAUGGGAAGGACAUGCUUUCAGUGCCUGAUGCACAGGCACAUGAGAUUCAGCCAUUCGUGGAGAGCCUUUCUAGCUGCCCCAAGUCCGGUUUGCACAACCCAUUCAAGAACCCAAGCAGGUACCUGUUGUAUGGCUCUGUCUCUGCUGCUGCUGCCAACGCCCUCAAGAAUCCCGAGGUCUCUGACUUCUUCGCUCGUCUCAUCCAGAGGGUCUCCCCCAAGAGCCUCUUUCAGGCGCGGGCGGAGGUCUCAGUGACUCAGAAGUUUCUGGAGAACUUCUCAGGCGAUCAGGUUCGGUUUCUGGCUCGGUCAUUUGCCAUACCUGGCGACCACACGGGGCAAACCAGCUCCGGACACAGGUGGCCCUACGGCCCGGUGACCAUCAUCUCGCCGUUCAACUUCCCUCUCGAGAUCCCCAUGCUGCAGCUCAUGGGGGCGCUUUACAUGGGGAACAAGCCGCUGCUCAAAGUGGACUCCAAGGUGGCAGUGGUGAUGGAGCAGGCACUGCGCCUGCUGCACGCAUGCGGCAUGCCCCAUACUGACGUGGACUACAUCAACUGUGACGGGCCUGUCAUGCACCAGCUGCUGCUGCAGGCCCAGCCGUGUGUGACGCAGUUCACAGGAAGUGCUCGCAUUGCAGAGAUACUGGCCAAGGACCUGAGGGGGAAGGUGAAGCUGGAGGAUGCUGGGUUCGACUGGAAGAUCCUGGGCCCAGAUGUGAAGGAGCUGGACUACGCGGCAUGGGUGUGCGACCAGGAUGCUUAUGCCUGCAGCGGUCAGAAGUGUUCUGCGCAGUCGAUUCUCUUCAUGCACAAGAACUGGGUGCAAGCCGGCCUUAUGGAUCGCCUGCGAUCGUUGGCUGCUCGUCGCAACCUGCAGGACCUCACCAUUGGUCCCGUGCUCACGGUGACAACAGAGGCCUUCCUAUCCCAUGUGAAAGCCCUCCUCUCCAUUCCCGGGGCUCGCCUGGAGUUCGGCGGAAAGGAGCUGCAGGGGGGGAAGCACAGCAUCCCCGCUUGCUACGGUGCCGUGGAGCCUACCGCUGUGUUUGUGCCGCUUAAAGCCAUGCUUGCAAGCCGGGAGAACUUUGAGAUCGCCACCAAGGAGGUGUUCGGACCGAUUCAGGUGGUCACAGAGUAUGAGGACAGCGAGAUUGACCUGGUUCUGGAGGCCAAUGAGAGGAUGACAGCUCAUCUCACCGCUGCAGUCGUCUCGAACGACCCUCUCUUCCUGCAGCACGUGCUGGCAAACACAGUGAACGGGACCACCUAUGUUGGACUGAGGGCAAGAACCACAGGGGCGCCACAGAAUCACUGGUAA